AUGCCCAAUUGCGACAUCCUUGACAACUCCGCUUUCGAAGGUCCUUGUGUUGUGGGCAGCCACCUAUGUAGUGGCCCAUCGUUAUCAUUCGACUCCUGUAAUUGCUCGAAUCUCGCCUUCGUUCUCAAUUCUGCCUGCGAUGCGUGUAUCGAGACCGACUCAGAUCCAAGCUGGAUGAAAUAUGCUCAGGUAAAAAAAUGCCAGGCCAUACCCGAUCCAAAUCCCCCACUUCCAACCCACUCCGCGUUUGUAGUACCGCCAUGGGCUAUAUCAAUGGCCGCUGCUACUCCAACGCCUAGCUCGUUUAGCCUUCAAGAUGCUGUGAACCUUGCCAACUCCAACUUCUCCAUAGCUGCCGCCUCCCCCUCUUCGGAAUCGUCCAAUCCGAGCGUCCCCCCAACUCCCCAAGCCAGUCCGAGUUCAUCUGUUGGCGAUACAUCACCGUCUGCGUCAAGUUUAGAACCACUCCGUGGCGCAUCUCAAACCAAGUCCAACGCGGGUACUAUCGCUGGAGUGGUGAUAGGGGUCAUUAUUGCUCUGGCACUCAUUGUGGUUGGGGUUUGGCUUGUUCUUCGUCGAAGACGACAACGACACAUGGCCCCCUCUGCUGUCUAUAGAGCUGCUCUCCGGAGCGGGAUGUCAUCGCCGUAUCAACCUGUCCCACUACGGGCCCACGAAGAUUCACCACAACAUUCGCCUUUCGAGCUUCCACCGGACCGCGCUGACUCGCCGGCGUGGAUGGCGACCUCCCAACCCGCAUCCUUGCGCUCACAGUCGCGUUUUCUCGAGCAUACCGAGUAG